AUGCCUUUGCUUGAACUGCCGCUUGAGGUGUUUGAACACAUUACACAUUUUCUGGUCGGUUCACUGGAGGUGACGAAGGUAGUCCAGUACCGCAAAGUAUGCAGAACCUUUGAUCGCUGCAUCGUUGAGGAGAUUUGCGAUCAGGCUUCCUGA